AUGCAGCAGUUCCUCAGGUGGUGGUGGUGGUGGUGGCUGUUGCUGUGGGCUCUGAGUUGCUGUGUCUUCUCCACAGAUGGAGCUGCAUACAUCACAAGAGUCAUCAUUGUUGAUCAAAGUGGGCAAGGAAAUUUCACGACUCUUCAAUCUGCUAUUGACUCACUCCCUGAUGGCAACUCACAGUGGAUACAAAUUUAUAUCAAACAAGGAACUUACAGAGAGAAGGUCUUGAUACCAGCCUCAAAAGGAUUCAUUGUGCUGCAAGGCGAGGGUUCGAAGAAUACUCUGAUUACGUGGAGCGAUGAUGCGUCGCGUUUCGGCACUAUGAACUCUUCCACUUUCAGCGUCUUUGCAAACGAUUUUGUUGCUCGAAAUAUUGGAUUUGUUAACACAUUCAAGUCCGGAAGUGAAAGGCAUCUGCAGGCAGUAGCAGCACUAGUGGGAGGAGACAGGAACUCGUUCCACGACUGCGCCUUCAUCGGCUACCAAGACACGUUAUGUGACUAUCAAGGACGACACCACUUCGAUAAGUGUUGGAUCGAAGGCGCUAUUGAUUUCAUCUUCGGCUUUGGUCAAUCCAUCUACAGUCGAUGCGUGCUGAACUCGGUGGACGGCGGUUGGUUAACUGCGCAUGCCAAGACGAGUGCCGACAGCCCUGGCGGGUUCGUGUUCAAGUACUGCACCAUUCGUGCUACAAAAAUGACCUACUUGGGAAGAGCAUGGAACCAACACUCCACAGUAGUGUUCCAUAAGACGUGGAUGCCAUCCACCAUUAGGCCUGAAGGGUGGGAUGCUUGGCAUGUCAUACCAAAUCAGUACCAAAUGACCUAUGUAGAGGAUGGAAACAUCGGAGCAGGUUCAAAUACCUCUGGAAGAGUCAGCUGGUUAAAGACUCUCCCACCCGAACAGUUGCAAGGCUUCCUCAGCAGCAUCGAGUUUUUGGGCCCCGAUCGAUGGUUUGAUAAGCAGCCAUAG